AUGUUCGAAUUUCGAACAAAACUUCAAAAAUAUCAGCUAGCAUCACUGGUCUCUACAGCUUUGGCAAAUGCAUUGUUAUUUUUAGGAACCCUAACGCCAGCCUGGCAGGUGAGAAUUUUGAUCUGAAAAAAAAUGGUGGGUUUUUCUAGGUUGCUAUGGAUCAAGAUGCCCAAAGAUAUGUGGAAUCGGGACUUUGGUUAUACUGUCCGGGAUCUGCGCAAUGUUGGUAUAUUUUCAGUGAUAGUUUGAUCAAUUAUUAUGAGAAGGUGAGGAAUUUGGAGGUUGUCAAUAUAACAUUUUUUCCGAUUUCCAGGUUGAUGUUUGUCGAUUCUUCUUGAUCGGAGAUUGCCGUAAAAAACUUCUUCGAACUCCAUAUUUCUUCGGGUGGCACUACGCAGUUUUGAUUCUCAAUGUUUUCUCGAUGACAUUUAUGACAUUAGGAAUUGCUGCAAUUAUUGUCGCGUAUUUGAAGAAGAACAAAGUGCGAUUAUUCACAAUAAUUUUCGAUGUGAUGGCUUUCCUUGCUUGUUUAUUUUUGGGAAUUUCAUUGAUGGUUUUUAUGAUCAAUGCGGAAAUGUUGGAAUCGAAAUAUUUGAUUGGAAUCAAAAACACUUUUGAAAAAGAGUAUGGAUAUUCAUUCUAUCUCGCUGGACUUGCAUUUUUGAUCUCAACUUUCUCAAUGAUGUUUGCGGUUUUGGUAACAACUUAUACAUUUUUCUUUGUGGAAAAUUAUGAAGAUGAUGAUGAAUAUUCAGAUGAUCAGGUGAGAUUUUUUGAUUCCACUUUUUUCAACUUUUUCUAAAAAUCCCACAAUGCAACACGAAAAAAAAUAAAUAAUUAUCACUUUUUUUCAAAUAAAAAAAUAAUCUUCAAACCUCCAUAACUUUUUUCUUUUGCGAUUAGGACAAAAUCUGAUCACAGACACGUUCUCAGCAUGUCAAAAUCUAUCGGAAAUGAUAUAUUUGAUUUCAAAAAUAGACAUCCAGUUUUACCACUGCAACACUCUUGAAUAAAACGCCGAAAACAUCAACCAUAUAUUAGCAAUUCACUCUCCCUCUCUCGCCGCCUUGGAUGGCGCAGCCGGUAGAGCAUCUGUUUAUUGUUAGAGAGUCUCCUGGAUGAAAAAUCAAAUUGGACAAGUUCGAACCCCGCUGGGGAAAAAAAUAUUUUUAUUUUUUUUGCAAAUUUGGUUUCCGACUAAUUUCGACCCCCUGAUCAACGUGGAGUACUUUAUUUUUCAUCUAAACGUUGCACUGACGAGUUAUAACGUGGCAAAAUGGUUUUUUUGUAAAAAUUAUGUUUUUUUAAGAAUUGGAAAUUUUCGUGAAAUCUGAAAUUGGGUUUGUAAACGUUAGGCUAACAAUCAGUGUAACUCAUUUUUUUUUCAAAAUUUCCAAGUGAUAGCUCACCCAGAAGUUCGAACCCCGGUGAAUGCAGAUUUUUUUAAAAUUUUGUUUAUAGGUUGAAUUCCAAAGAAAUUGAUUCAAUAACAGUGUGAGACAAUUAUUUUUAGAUAUUGUGAUUUUUUUGCCUCACAAAUUCACCAAAAAUGUGUUUUACAGUACCCCAUGAAACCAGCCACCAACAUGAGUUAUCCACCAAGUCAUCAAGUGCCCUCUCAUUAUCAAUCUCAACUUACCACCCAAAUACCUGCCACCGAACAUGGAUCAAUAAUUAUGGGAUCUGUUUCACCAGCUGGACAAUUCAAAUCACAAACCAGACAUUUUUAUAGCUACUAA